UGAGGUUCUGAUAUCCACAUUGGUAUUUUCUGAUAUCAUUAUUUACUGAUCGGAGGGUUCGCCAUGAGCGCUGAAGAAUUCAUCGCGGACGUCGAAGGUGGCGCGGUGCCCGUGGACAGCCACGAUUGCGUCUUGCAGAUAGCAUUUAUCUAUAUGGAUGAGGGACUGUGGGACGGCAACGGCGUGUUCGAUGUUGUGGAGAAGCUUCACGCGCGCGGGUGGUCGUUUGGCGAGGGCGAGUUGAGGUUUAAUCGCACCCUGGAUAUAUUCUACCUCGCCCAGCUCGCAGCGGCCAUCUACCGCUCCUCCGCCCAACUCACCGGCGACUUUCCCUCCCCCUCGGAUUUCCCCGCCUUCUACGCCACGCACCGCGCGCUCCUCCACUCCUCCGCAUGGCGCUCCUACUACUCCGCUGCCUUCCUCGCCCAGCCCGCCACAGCCCGCUUCUACCGCCUGCCUGACCUCCAAGACCUGCCCGACUCCUCCUCCCCGCUGGACCAGCCGCGCCAGCAACCACUUACCAGCGGCAGCGCACACUCCACGAAACUCCCCCGCUGGGCCUACAGUGUCGCGCGCACGCGUCGCAGGCAGCCCUCCCUCCCGCUAGUAACUCUCACCCGGUUGGCCCUCAGCACGCUUGAGACGACCACCGCGCGCCUGCGCACGGUCCACCCCAGCGUGUCGCCUUACUCGGAGACGCAAGCGCGCUUCUGGCUCGAGCACAUGGAGCUCGGUUCCCCUGGCCCAUCCGGCCCAACUAAAGCAGCUUCCCAGCAAGCGUGGAAGCCGAACGGCUUCGGCGUAUUGGUCGCGCAGGGAGCGCUUGAUGUGUACGCGUGGGAAGCGCAGUACUCGGCGCAGCGGGACAGUGGGGUCGUGUGGUGUGGGGAGCCGGAUGGCGGAGUGGGGGUGCAGGCGUGGUGGAGGGGGUGGGAGGCGGAGCUGGGGAGUGAGGAGGAGGUGGAGUUUUUGGCUGCUGUUGCGGUGGAGGAGACGGUGGGAGUGGAGGAGGGUCAAUUGGACCUUGCGGUGCGGUCGCAUGUGUUGUUGGGGGUCAUGCGGGCGGCGGUUGAGGGGGAGCAGGAUAGGGAAGCUCUUCUGGAUGAGCUGGAGAGGGGGAUGGUCAAGAAGGGGAGGAUUGCGGAGGGGAGGGCGGGCAGGUGGCUGAGGGAGGCCUUGGGGGUUGUGGAGCCAUAUGUGAGGAUGUGGGAGGGUACGUGGCCUGGUACGGAGCAGAGGGGGGAGGUGCUACGACGCAUCCUGGUGGAAAAUGGCCAGCUCUUCGCAAGGUGGAAGGUCUCGCCGCUUUUGAAGGAGGUUAGCUUUGAGCUAGGUCCGAGGGAGUAAGAGUAGCAUGCAUGUGUCUAUUUGGAUAUUCAGGCCAAUAGCGGGGACAAUGGUCCUCCUACUCAACAAGCAGAUCACAGAGGAGGCCCUAGACAUUCUCUACAGAAUGCCCGGCGAGCUACUCAGGACCCCAGGUACUAACUUUACAAUGCGGCAGACAGAUAUCGCCGCAUUCAUCUGUGAGCAUCUACUGCAACGGAUAUAAUAUGCAAUUCUGCGGCUGAACCAGCCACAUGAGAUAGUCGUGCUAAGACUCCUGAAUAUCCAGGGCGCUAGCACCCGUCUGAAAAGGCUUUAUCUGUACUUUCCGAGGAGAGGUGGGAUGACUCCUUGCUGGGUAAUUA